AUGACUAAUCCCCAAGAUAAUCUAGGCAUUGCCCCACCAGUAUCCCCUUCUAAUUCAUCUUCAUCUACUCCUCCUAGUGUUUCCCCAAAACCUAGGUUUCGUAGACAGAAAAUGUUAGCUAGAAAAACUGUGGCUUCUAGGUCUCUACGAAAAGCUCUAAAUGAAAAAUUAAGGGCUAGCCAGAGGAAGGAAAGUCCUGCUAAAGAAUCUGACUCAAGCUCUGAGUCUGAAGCUUUUAUUUCUGCCAGCGAAGGUGAAGAACAUGGGUCUUCUGACACUGACAAAAAUCAAGAAACUCCUGGUGAGGUAAAUACUUAUUUGGUAUUUUCUGGUGUGGUUGAAAAUGUAGAUAAUAGGUUUGUUUUGGUUGGUUCUGUGAAAGAUGUAAAGGGGGUUGAGUCAAGUAGGAGGGGAGGUAAAAAGAAAGAAAAGGUUCUUGUUAUAUGUGGUGGUGUUGAAGAGAGUGGCAACAAGUCAGGGGGAAGUAGUUCCGAGGAGGCUGCUGAAGGUCUUGUUCAUCUGAGAAAGCAACAAGAUGAACCUGGUUCAUAUGUUGAGGAAACCCUAGCUGACAUUCUGAAAAAGGUUGGAGCCAGUUAUGAUCCAAAGAAGUGCAAAGCUUCAUUACAAAAGGCUCCAACUGCUUCCAAGCCAAUCAAGAAAAGCAAAAUGUCAUCUCCAAAGCCCACUGUCCCUUCAGUACCUAAGGGAAGAGCUACUAGAAGCAGGGUCAAACAAAGUGAAGCGAAGUUAUUGAAAGCUCUGGAAGAAAGCAGGAAAAAGAAGAAGGAGAAGGGAAAAGCAAAGGUUGUGGAAAGUUCUAAAGCUGCAGAAGAGGAAGAAGAGGAGACGGAACUGGUCCAUUAA